UGCGAAGAGGUCUUUAGUUUAUCAGUAUCGUGUGCAAAAGGAUAGCAGAUAAAAUGUUCCUCCCAAAGGGAUAUAUUUUAGUGUUGUUUGUUGGAAUACUUGUCUAUUGCUUCAGCAAAAACACAGUUCAAGGAUCAGCAAUCAACGGGGAUGGAUUUAAUUUGUACAAAGAUCUCCUAAGGGGAAAAAACGAAGAAUUCAACGAAAUUGGUGACGACGAUGGUGGAUUAACUAGAGUUACUUACUUCUAUAGAACUCCAGCUGCAGCAUAUUCGGAAUUUGGUUCAGAAAUAUUUGGCAAGAGAUCCAAUAAAUUCAAAAAUUUCAUGUUGAACCGUGAAGGAUUGGAGGGUUCAGAGGAUAUUGGUGGUACAAGUAAAUUCUACUUCCCUCGGACACUCCCCAAAAGAGGAGCUUUACUGAGUUGGGCAAUCCCUGCGGCAAAUCGAGUCCGCGUCGUGAACACAAGUUAUCGUCCCCCAGGGAUAAAUAGACCCGCUGCAGCUGAAUAAUGCAUUACUUAAUUUGCGAAAAAAAACCUGAGACAACAGCAACGAAUCUGGACAAUGAACCAGAUAGAUGAUAGUUCUAGUGUGGGUUUCAUUUGUAGUAGAAAACUUUUGCCCUUGGUGCAAAAUAAUAUAGAAAUGUUAUGAAAAAAAACUCA